AUGCCUCCGACCACGGAACUGGCGGCGCCGGAGCGCGCGCCCGCGCUUCCGACGACGGACGAGCAGAAGUAUCCCUGCGUCACGGGCGCCGACGGCGUGCCGCGCAUCAGCGGCGUCGCCGUGGACCCGGCCCAGGGCUUCAAGGCCACGGAGCUCCAGCUCUGCACGCUGAAGCGCCCCCACAUGCGCGCGUUCCACUUCCAGUGGCUGAGCUUCUUCGUCGCGUUCGUGGUCUGGUUCGCCUACGCGCCGCUCCUCGUCGUCAUCCGCGAGGACCUGCGCAUCGCCAAGCGGGGCAUCUGGCUCAGCAACAUCUGCAACGUCGCCGCGUGCGUCGUCGCGCGCUUCGUCGUCGGGCCCCUCGGCGACACGUACGGCGCCGUCAAAGUCCAGACGGGCCUGCUCGUCUUCGCGGGCGCGUGCACGCUCCUGGCCGGGACGGUCCAGACCCUCGUCCAGCUCUGCGCGCUCCGGUUCUUCAUCGGCGUCGGCGGCGCGACGUUCGUCAUCACGCAGCUCUGGUCGAGCGAGAUGUUCGCGACGGGCGUCGUCGGCACGGCGAACGCCGUGACGGGCGGCUGGGGCAACUGCGGCGGCGGCUUCACGAUCCUCGUCAUGGGCCUGCUCUACGAGGCGCUGCGGGACGGCGGCCUCUCGGACGAGCAGGCCUGGCGCCGCGCGUUCUUCGCGCCCGGCGCCGCGGUCCUCGCGGUGGCCGCGGCCAUGCGCGUCUCCGCCGACGAGUGCCCCCGGGGCACGCUCGACGACGCGGCGGCGGCGGGCGCGCGCGCCAAGGUCACCGUCGCCGCCUCGACGCGCGGCGGCUUCGCCAACGCCAACUCGUGGAUCCUCGGCGUCCAGUACGCGGCCUGCUUCGGCGUCGAGCUCCACGUGAACAACGCCAUGGCCAUGUACUUCUACGACCGCUACGGGUUGAGCGUCGGCACGGCGGGCACGCUCGCGUCGCUCUUCGGCUGGAUGAACCUCUUCGCCAGAGGCCUCGGGGGCCUCGCGUCCGACGCCGCGAACCGGCGGCUCGGCAUGCGGGGCCGGCUCCUCGUGCACACGGCCUACCUCUUCGCCGAGGGCGCAAUCCUCGUCGCGUUCUCCUACGUCGACGCGCUCGCGCCGGCCGUCGCGGCCCUCGUCUGCUUCUCGAUCUGCGUCCAGGCCGCCGAGGGCACGACCUUCGCCAUCGUGCCCUACGUCGCGCCGAAAUCGCUCGGCGCCGUCGCCGGCGUCGUCGGCGCGGGCGGCAACGUCGGCGCCGUCGCCUGGGGGCUCCUCUUCAUGUUCGGCUCCGACGGCGCCGCGGGCUACCGCGCGCUCGGCGCCAUCAUCAUCGCGUCGUCCUUCCUCUCCGUCUUCAUCCGCAUCGACGGCGAAGGCUCGCUCUUCUCCAACGACGACAAAAAGGCCCCGGACCCGGCGCCCGGCCGCGACGCCGAGGCCUAG